GAUAGUUGCUUAUCCGUUUAUAGUAGAAGAAGAAAACGGUGCUUCGUCAAAACAAGUUCCUCAUAAUUGCAAAAACAAAAUACUGCGUUCGACACGUAAAGGUUGGUACAGAGGACACGAAUGGAUGCCCUUAGGCAUAUGCUUACAGACCCUCUUGGAUCAAAAGAAGAAACUGAUGGUCAGAUCACAGAAGAAUGCAUGCUGGGGAAAUGUAGAGUGGACCUGCCAGAGGAUCUACUUGAGGACCCUGAAAUUUUCUUUUCUGUGGUGAGCGAAAGUACCUGGAAUGAAGUACUGUCAGAUUCUCAGAGGCAGCACCUUCGACAGUUUUUGCCGCAGUUUCCAGACAACAAUGUUGUGGAGCAGGACAACGCCAUCUCUGACCUGUUCAACAACAGAAAUUUUAACUUUGGAAAUCCCCUUCAUCUUUCACAGAAACUUUUCAGAGAUGGGUACUUCAAUCCUGAGGUGGUCAAGUACAGACAGCUGUGUGCCAAGUCCCAGAGAAAGCAACAGUUGUACUCCCUUCAGCAGUAUUACCACAAAUUACUGAAGCAGAUCCUUGUCUCCAGAAAGGAACUACUGGAGUUUGCAGUCCACAAUGGUCUAGACUUUCCACUUAAAAGAAAGUUACCAACCAAAACUCAUGCUGAAAUGCGGGAGCCAAGGGUGAGAAGAAGAUUGAGCCGCAUAUUAAAGGAGGUCAAAGCUGAGUGUGGAGACAGCAAUGCAUCAUCUGAUGAUGACGACAUAUCACUGUGGACUCCAGCACCACAAUCGCCUUCCUCUCCAACACCCACUGUCUCACUGAGAGUUCUUCCCAGCCUCUCCACCCAAGAUAUGAAGACUGCUGAAAAAACUGAACUAGGGGAGCAGGACUUGAAAGUCAUGCUGCAAAAUCAUAGGGAGAAGAGGAAGCGACACCCAGACCUUCCAGACUUGAUGACCUCUGACAUCCACCUUGGAGACAUACUUUCAAGAGCAAAUAUUGGUCGCAAGGGGGUUAUGCCACUCUUUGAACUGUCUCUGCCUAAGAAGAAGAUGAGAGAUGAGAGACGGAAGAAGAAAAUGAGAACAAUAAAAGUGGAAUCUGAGGAUCCCUGUGAAACUCUUGCACCUGCAGACACCCCAUCAGCUCCACCAGUGAACAUCAUCAACUCCCUGCCGGGCACGCCAUCUACUCCGCUGCCCAACAUUAAGGAGGAAAUUGUGGAUGAGUCUCAGGGCAGCCCGGUUACAGUUGAGGAAAUAGCUGUCAGUUUCUUCAGCUUGUUGGAAAGCAUCUUAAGGACAGAGAAACUUGCCAGUAUUUCGCUGUUGGAGGAGAAAGUUCAGAUGUGGCAGUCCUCUCCAGCCAGUUCCCUCAAUGUGUGGUUCUCAUCUACCCCAUGUUGGUCUGACUUGGUUCUUCAAGCCCUGCAGUUUCUUGCAGGAGAGACUAAAGAUGGCAUGAUGGCGCUCCCCAGUGGAUUUUCUCCAUUUGUGGAGUUUGUUGAGGACUCUCAGCAGUGGAGGUGGAUUGGUCCCACUCAGGAUACAGAGAAGGAUCUCAGUGCACUCUGUCAGCUUUGGCUGGAUUCCAAAGAUUUAGUUGUCAAGACAGAAAAUGAAGACCUGCUAGAGAUGACUUCUCCUACAUCAAGAGUUUUGACAGAUUAUGUGGUGCGGCCCAGCACCGGAGAUGAGAGACAAGUGUUUCAAGUCCAGGAGCAGCAGCGAUACAACCAGCCACAUAAAGCCUUCACCUUUAGGAUGCACGGGUUUGAAUCUGUGGUGGGGCCUGUUAAAGGGGUGUUUGACAAAGAGAUGUCUCUCAACAAAGCCAGGGAGCACACAUUGCUCCGCUCAGACCGACCACCAUAUGUCACCAUUUUGUCUCUAGUGCGAGAUGCAGCAGCUAGGUUACCCAAUGGAGAAGGAACAAGAGCAGAGAUCUGUGAACUGUUAAAAGACUCACAGUUUCUUGCUCCAGAAGUCACUAGUACACAGGUGAACACUGUUGUCAGUGGCGCUCUGGAUAGGCUUCACUAUGAGAAAGACCCCUGUGUGAAGUAUGACAUUGGCCGCAAACUCUGGAUUUACCUGCACCGCCAUCGCAGUCAAGAGGAGUUUGAGAGGAUCCAUCAGGCUCAAGCUGCUGCUGCAAAAGCAAGAAAAGCCCUACAGCAGAAGCCUAAACCUGCUUCUAAGCCUAAGUCUGGAAGUAAGGACGGAGGCAGUAAAACCCCUGGAUGUCUGGAGGCAGGACAGGAUGUAGGCUCCAAUCCCAUGUCGCCAACCCCUACAACGCCAACCCCUACAACACCAACCCCAAACACAACUGGAACACCUAUGUCACCUUCCGCCCCAGCCGCCACGCCAACAAAGCCUGGAGGCCCAGAUACAGUUAAAGCCAGUCCAGGUGUUCUUCUUGUGUCCUCUCCCUCAUUGCCCCAGCUAGGAACUAUCGUACCCACCAGUCAGGCUGGUCAACCUGCCUCCCAGCCAGUCACAUCUCAACAUGCGGCUCGGAUAGUGAGUCACCUGGCAGCAGGCUCCCUACCUCAGGUACGGGUAGUUUCUGCUCAGGCUGGUCUGUGCUCUUCGGCAGCAAGUCAGCAAGCCACACUGGUGCAUCAGACCCCUCACCAGAUUAGGAUGCCAGUGUCAGUGGCAACCAAGGGCAUUUCACAGGCAGUGGUUUCUGUGCCUCUGAGGAGUCAGUCUGCUAGUAGUCCUGUCCAGGUGCCAACCACCCUGUCUCUGUCUGCUGUGACUGUGACCAAACCUCAAAUUGGAUCACCUGGUAGCCCAGCUAACAACCCAGCCUCCCCUGCUGUGCUGCAAGGAGUCGCAAGCCCAAAUAUUAAACAGGUGUCCAUCACAGGACAGCUGGGAAUGAAAACUCCAGGAGGAGGAGCAAUUCCAAUAACAGCAACAAACUUGCGCAUUCAGGGUAAAGACGUCUUGCGUCUUCCACCGUCCUCCAUCACCACAGAUGCUAAAGGCCAGACGGUGCUGCGGAUCACCCCAGACAUGAUGGCAACACUUGCUAAAUCCCCAGUUGCUACUGUCAAACUCACCCCGGAUUUUUUAGGCACCGCCACCACGGGUAGCAAGAGCAUAUCAGCCACUCUGCAUGUGACUCCACAGCACCCUUCACCUUCCUCUGCCUCCAGUGCUACAUCCUGUACAGGGGAUGUACAGACCACCAAGGUGGAGGCAGGCACCGUUGCUUCCACUUUGCUGAAGGCUACAGGAGACACAGCUAUACGUCUGAUGCCCACAUUGGCUGUCACUAUGGCUGACCAAAAAUCUAGGACCUUCUCCACUGUGAGCUCCCCUGACAAGAGUGGCGCCACCAUUCGGAUAAUGCCAGGUCUCGGUGUUAUUCCUCAGAAACACGGUCAGACCAUCAAAAUGACAACCGCCACUGGUAGUAAACCACUCACAGCAUCUACGUGUGCUAAUGUAGUAACCAUGGCUGCCAGUGUCGUUACCGGUACUAAGGGGAUCACAGUUGCUCCCGGAGCCUCGGCCUCACCUCUGACUCUAGGAACAGCUUCAGCCACUGUGCGCCAGGUCCCUGCUACAGUGGUUACUACACAAACAGGGAAGUUACCUGCACGAAUCACUGUGCCCCUCUCUGUCCUCAACCAGCCACUGAAGAGCAAGAGUGUAGUGACCACACCGAUUGUGAAAGGAAGUCUUAACACAAAUAUCAGCAGUUUGGGGAGGAACAUCAUCCUGACCACGAUGCCAGCUGGCACAAAGCUGAUUGCUGGGAACAAACCAGUCAGCUUUGUCACAGCACAGCAGUUUCAGCAGCUUCAGCAGCAAGGGCAGGCCACUCAGGUUCGCAUCCAAACUGUUCAGGCGCAGCAGCUCCAGCAGCACAUUGCAGCAGGCUCCCCAAAAUCUGUUUCCACAGUUGUAGUCACAACAGCACCUUCACCCAAAUGUGCACCCGAUCCCCCACCUGCACCGCAACAGUAAUCAUAAAUCCAGUGCACAAUAUAUGUACAUGUGUUUGGUUAUUUGAGUUUGUUUGUUCUCAAGCCUUAUAAGGGUAGUUUGACUUGUUUCUACUCUCAGAAGUGACGUUAUAUUUUUCAUUGUUAUGGUGCAUAAUAUUCCUUUAUUUCUUCUCAAUUCGGAUGAUACCAACUAAGGCCUGAAGCAUAAUUCAUAAUUCUGGUGUUCAGAUCUACACUUUCUUUGUUGAAUGUUAUUGAUCUAUGCCAAGUUAUCAGUUUGUUAAACUGUCAUCAUUCCUCAACUAAAUUUCAUCUCCAAAAUCUUAUACUCUGCAUCAUUAAAUCCAAAAUAUAAUGUAAAACAGCUCGCUUUGCUUUUUACAACGAGAACCA